AUGUCCUGGGCAGUUGGGAUGAAAGGAUGGGCUUCACCCUUCAUUGAUGGCCCCCGCGUGACCGGCGCGCUUCCCGGACAUACUCCCAGCCCGGUUGUCUGGGGCAAUGGGCGAGCCGGUAGUCGUGACAGCUGGCAGCCUGGCUCGAGACUGGAUGCCUGGUGUUUCGACGGUUUUGCCCCUCCGCGCACAAAAUCUGCUGUGGAAACACUCCGGUUCCACGAAGCAGCAAUGCCACUCGCAUCUUUGAAGGGUUACUUGCCCGACGACGCCCCGUGGCGCAAGUACAAUGUCGAAGUUUUGAAGCGGCAAUGUGAAAAGCGCAAACUGUCCAGGGAAGGAACGAAGAAGGAGCUCGUCCAGCGUCUAGGGCACUACCGCGAAACUCACCCCGGAGAGCAGAGGCGUGAUCCCUGGGCAUCCAAGCCCCCGCCCAACUACGCGGGCCUCUUGUCUCAGGCUGAAGCCGCGACUUUUCGAGUUGCGAGAGUCAAGAAUUUCACGGAAAACGUUAGCGAAAAGAGAGUUGGGUUUUUUCUCACCAAGGACGGAGGACCUGACGACAUAAGUGUUGUCUUUAAAGCCCGUCCCGCCUGCACCUGCGAGUUUUACUUGGCCUCUAGGACGGCCUGUGUUCAUAUCAUUUACAUGCUCCGUUACAUUCUGAAUGUCCCGGAGCCACUCCGUUGGCAGAGGGCGUUUUUGCCCAGCGAAUUUGACGACAUUUACAAGCGCUCUCAUCCCGUGAAGUCUGUAGCUUGGCCGGAGCAGUACAGUCGUUCACCUGGACUUUGCCUCAUAUGCUUCAGGGGAAGAGCAGACGACAUCCGUUGCCGUACCUGCCCUGCCCCGAUGCAUAUUCAGUGCCUCGACAGCCGCGUAUGCACGAUGUGUCUGGACAAGCGUCAAUUGGGCAUUCUCGACCUGCGCGGACUAAAUGAACAAGAACGUGCCGAGAGGGCGGCGAUUGAGGCAGGACGUGCUGUUGCUGGCGAGGAGGCGGACCCUGAAGAGGAGAGCGAAGACUCUCUGGAUGAAAAUCCCCGCAAGGAAGCAUCCCGCGGAGACGAGCAGUCUAACAACGCGCCCGGCCAGGCCAUGAACCAGCACUCUCGCUCAUCCCCCGUUUUUAUCAAGCAAGAGAGGUCCUCUCCUCUUCCUGGGCAACAACUCCCCUUUUCACCUCCGCGCCCUCGGCAACAACAACCAGCCAGUUCACCUCUUCGUCGCCGGCAGCCAUCCAGGGCCGCCAAGGACAUCGGCCUAGUCCAACAGAGUCUUGCCGCGGCCGCCGAAGCUCCGGCUCGCACACCUCGCAGUCAGGGACGUACGAAGGCUCGUACACCCGCGAGCAGCCAACCGGUUAACGCCCCUGCUCAGAGCAUCACUCCUAUCCCGGUACCGGUCAUUCCGGCACAGGCUUUGUUGCAGAUUCAACAACUGCAGCAGCAACAGAUCCGGCAGGCUGUUCACAACUUCGAAGCCGGACGACCUCAGCCCGGAGCCAUCAGUGCCCUCCGUGCUCCUCCUUUCAGUGCCCCCCGACCUCUCCCUUUUGCAGUCAUUCCUCCCCAGGAGCCUGCAACUCGCGCUUCUGCGACUCCUCCUGUCGCUCCAGCUGCAAGCGCAGCUCCCCAGGGCGUUGAGGCCGCUGCUGCUCCGGCCUCUGUUCCCGAGCCUGGUUCUGCUGUCCAUGCUGGUUCUCCUGCUCGCACCCCAGCUACUGCCAGCGCCAGCGUUAACGGCAAUAUGGAGAAAAGGAAAGCAACGAAGUUGGCACGCAAGCUUAAGAGCCUGGCUAGGGAGUCAGCGUAUGUCCGCGAGCAUGCGGGCCGCGAGUUGAAGAGGCUCGCGAAGGAGAGCAAGCGUCUUGAGAAGAAGGUCAAGGCUUUGGCGAAGCGGGAUGAGGCGGGUGGUGAUGCGUAA